ACUACUAGUCAUUCUACUUUUGACAAUGUCUGCGAACGGUAACAAAAUUGAAGGCGUCUCCGACGACACUGGUGUUGUGAAAGAUCAGGCACGGUACGACCACUACCGCAUCUAUAAUGUCCAGUUUGAUAACGAGGAGCAAAUCAAACUGUUCCAGCAGCUGGAGGAGCAGAGCGACAGUCUUACCUUUAUUGGACACGCACGCGAAAUUGGCCAGAAACUUUCCAUUCUGGUCGCGGCUCAUCGGGUCGCUGAUUUUGCGGAUUUGCUAAAGACCUACAAACUGGAGCAUCGUGUUUUGACUUAUAAUUUCCAGGAGAAAAUUGAUCGCAAUAUGGGUGAAGUUUUGCCCGAGAACAUUGAUGUUUCGAAAUAUGAUUGGCAGCACUUUUUCCACUUGAAAACCAUUUACGAUUGGAUGGAUGACAUGGCCAGCAAGUAUCCGGAUCAACUAAGCGUCCUUGACAUGGGCACCAGCACCCAGGGGAAUGCCAUCAAAGGCGUUAAACUUGGUAACAAUCCGGCCAACAAAGCCAUCUUCAUUGAAAGUGGAAUACAUGCUCGAGAAUGGAUUGCUCCGGCCACAGCCACUUAUAUAAUCAAUGAGCUGCUCACCUCAAAGGAUGAGCGCAUCCAGAAGCUGGCAAAGAACUUCAAUUGGAUCGUGUUUCCCUGCGUUAAUCCCGAUGGCUAUAAAUAUACCUUUGAGCACGAUCGCAUGUGGCGUAAGAAUCGACAGUUGUUUGGAACUUGCCGCGGCGUGGACCUAAAUCGAAACUAUCCCGAUCAUUGGAACUCGACAGGAUCAAGCAGUGAUCCUACCCGCUAUGAUUAUGCCGGUCCUAGCGCUGGAAGUGAGUUGGAAACGCAGCGAUUGAUUGAGUUCAUACGUGGACAUGUCGAGAAGGAUCAAAUUAAGACGUAUAUUGCCCUACACUCGUAUUCACAAAUGCUCAUGUUCCCAUAUGGCUACACAAAGGAUCAUGUCUCCAACUAUGAUGACCUGCAGGAGUUUGGCAAGAAGGCGUCGGCUGCCAUUAAAGCUGAAAGCGGUCGCGAUUACGUUAGCGGCAAUCUGUUUGAGACCAUUUAUCCCUCGAGCGGCGGCAGCAUGGACUGGGCACAUGCCGAGGCGGGCAUUCCCAUUGCCUACACCUUUGAGCUACGUGGACCUCCCGACAGUCAGGACCUUUUCAUACUGCCAGCUGUUGAGAUCCAGCCAACGGCCAGCGAAGCCUUCACUGCAAUCCGCACAAUUGUCGAAGCCGCCGCGGAGAAGGGAUAUUACAAAUGAGACAAUUAUAUUAACAGAUAACAGAUAUUCUGGAAGACUUGACGUAUAACGCAUUUUAAAUAACUUUUAUUAUUGUAUACUUGCGGUACUAUCUUGUAAAAACUCGAUGGCUUUACUGCUUUGCCAGAUAAGAAAAUAAAUAUCAGCAUAUGUAGUACA